CUAAAUGCAUGUUGCGCGUGCGCAUUAAAUGGCGUUUUAAACAUGUUUUGAAGUGGACUGAAGAGCCAAAUACCGAACAGGAAAAUGGGGGAUUUCGUUAAAAGUAACGUACUUCAUAUUUGAUCAGUACUACUAACAUAUCUGUAAAGUUCAAACAUGUUUAAAAGAGGAAAAAAUGGAGACACAGGAAAUGAAUACGCGAGGCCUUGCAGGCAUGUAAUUUUAAGGGUGAAGACGUGUCAUUUCUUCGUUAACACAGCAUCUAUCCAUGGACAGUAAACAACGUAUUUCCAUUUAUUUUGCAGUGGCAAUUUUGGCGUCUUAUUCGCCAUGACUAUGCGACAUGCUUUGUUUACUAAUGCACGUUUUAAAUUGGACCCAGAGAAACUCGACCUUGACAAAGCUCGCAUAGGGACUGGUCACUCUAUCGAUAUAAGGAGAGAUUCGUGUGAUUUUGGCUCAGACGUUCAUAACGUUAUUGGGGACAUACUUAAAAGUGGUGGCAAGCUCUUCGGUAAAUCUAAGAAACUGGACGUGAAUCACCUUCCUAAAUCCGGCCGGAUCCCACUGGGCACGGGAAGAAACAAAGGACCCGUUCUAUCCAGGGACGCGUCUGAAAGCGCAGAGACGCUGUCAUCCCAGGUUAAACACAUGGGGGGCGAGGGAACCCCUGUAAAAACUAAAACUCCUCUUGGACAGACUAACGCCAUGGAUGUUAAAACGGAUCCCAUAGCAAUGAAUUCGCACAGCAACUCUAGAGACGCUGGGACUGAUGGCAAUGCCAGGGGCAUUGAUGGCACUGGCAUCCCCAACACGGCAUCACUCGAAGUCAGUACAGAUGGGAAGCGCAAGAACAUCAGGAAGACCCCCAGUCACCCCCACGCGCAAGCCACAUGCCUUCGACAAAUCCUUCUGCUUCAGCUGGACCUGAUUGAGCAGCAGCAGCAAGAGCUUCAGACCAAGGACAAGGAAAUUGAUGAGCUCAAGUCUGACAGGGACACGUUGCUUGCGCGGAUUGAGCGUAUGGAACGGCGCUUGCAGCUGAUCAGCAAUGCACCGCGCGACAAACGUCUGUUCCAGCCGCUGGAGAGAUGGCAACCAGAAGCAGAGGACUUCUGGGAGGGAGAGGAAGGUGCUCAAGCGACUAGCCCCAAGAACCUGGCCUACAGCAGAGACGGCAAAGUCCAAAAAAGGAAAUUUGGUCUCUCAGACCCCAAAACACCAACACAAAAGCCCAGAGGGAAGGCUGCCAAGUUCGGCUCCCAGAAGACUGAGGCUGGCGGGCCCCUGUCAUGUCAGAGGGACCUGCACAAGAACGAACCAUUGGAGGAGAUGGGCUACGGACAGUCUGCAGGCCAGGCUGCUGCUAUGCACUCAGUAAAAGAGGAGCCUCUGGAGACCAUGUGCAUGGAGGAGCUACCGUACAUGACCACAACAGAGAUGUACCUGUGUUGCUGGAAGCAGCCUCCUCUCUCCCCACUACGGGAGGAAUCGCCCAAAAAAGAGGAGGAUGUGGACAUUCCAUCUUGGAGGGAGAACAGUAUGGAGCCGCUGAAUGAUAAGACUGACAUCCCAGAGAAUUUGGAUGAUAACGCCUUCCUGAAAAGGCAUUCAAAGCUGGAGCUGGAUGAGAAGAGGAGGAAAAGAUGGGACAUCCAGAGGAUACGAGAGCAGAGGAUGCUCCAGCGGCUCCAGCAGCGCAUGGAGAAGAAGGUGGCUGUGCAGGAGAUAGAGCCAGAUCUGAUGUCUUUCUAUCCAGAAGUUGAGGACGUGGAAUCCAUUGUAAUCACACCCUUUCUGCCUGUUAUGGCUUUUGGAAGACCUUUACCAAACCUGUCUCCUGAGAGUUUUGAGCUGCCCUGGCUGGACGACAGAAGCCGCUGCCGUGUGGAGAAUCAGAAGAAGAACACUCCGCACAGAAACUGUCGCAAAUGAUCCCACCCAUAACUCUAGACAAAAACUAAAAACAAGCAGAACUUUAGUGUUAUUGAUGGCUGGGCACGGACAGCAGGACCACCUUCGCUGGCCGGGAAAGGCCGGGAGGGCCGCAGACAGGCCUCUGAUAGGGUAGUCUUGUCUCUCUGUGGAGUAGCUUACUUCAGCAGGCCUGGAUGGGCAUCCCCAGGCUGGGUUGGUGGAAGAGCGUGCCGCUAAGACAACGGUGCCAGGACUGGCCUGUGAGAGGUCAGUCACAACCGCAAAACCAUAGCAAAACCACAAGGAAAGCAAUACUGGCUGAAUUGCUGUCAGGUUUUUCGAAGUAUGUGUAUAUUGAUUAUGGAGCGCCACCCUCUUUAAGGAGCCUCCUGAACCCUCUGUUAAUGUUUACACAUAUUUUUGUGUUUUCGUUCUCUCUUUUUUUUUUUUUUUUUUUUUUUUUUUUUUUUUGCCUUGACUGAAACCUGUAUCAAUCGUUUCCCUGUUUUUUUUUUUUGUGUGCUUUCACUGUAGUGACCUUGGUUGUGCAGACAAAGCUUCAAGUGAAAAAUAGUUUUUGGAAGAAAAAAAAGAAACAUUUUGCAACGUGCGCUAAGAUGUGGUUGUAAGACAUUGCCGAUGCACGGCAUGCAUGUCCUGUUGGUUAGUCUCAUCUCACUAAUGACUGCUGCAGUGGGCAGCAGAUUGUUCCAUACAUUUAUAUGCUUGUGAUCAUUUUUUUUAAAAGUCUGCAUGGCGGCAUUGGAGAAGCAGUAAAUGCCCCAUGAACAGGCAGGAAGAAAAACUUGAAAAAGCUCUCAAAAACAAUGUGUUUUAUUGUGAGUGUGCAUGGUUACAUUGUUUGUUUGAAAUGGGCACUUGCUGGCAAAAGCUGAGAUUGAAACCUUAUUUGUCAGAAAUAAACCCCUAGAGGUAUGUGCCUCGGGUCUACAGAAGACAUUCAGUAAAACAUUGAGACUCCUGUCUUGAAAUUGAUUUGUUUUUGAAUUUGUAACAAAUCUGCACUUGCAUUUAGAAGAAGUUUGUAUCAAAAUGAAUGAAUGAGUGAUGUCACUGUCAUUGACCACCCAAAAUUAAUCUCCAGAGAUUUUCCCACAUGAUAAUGUUUGGGGUUUCCCAGUAUGCUUAUCUAGGAACAUUUUCUCUUGAGAAAUAAAGUUUAGAUAUUCCGCUCAAGAGCUAUUGGGUCAUACAGCACCCUAUAUCUAAUUCACAGUGAGAAGUAUCUUGUGCAGAGUUACCCUAGUGUGCAGUCCUUUUCAAUCCCCCAUUUAAUUAACAAUUCCCUUUUUGGUGUUGGUGUAGGUCUUGAAGCCACACCCGUUCUCUAACUCGUUUGUAGGACAAAAGCACAAAAAGCCACUUCAACACCAUACAACCUGUACGAGUUUUAAAUAUGUAAAACUGCUCAUCUGUACAUAGCCUACAGAACUUUAUAAUGGUUGUACAUAAGCAAGACAUGGCUGUUAUUUUUCUAUUAUUUAAUGUUCCAAGUGAUGUAUAACCAAUAUUGUCAUUCUAUGAUAGUCUGUUGAUAAAAUACAAAAACUGGUUUUGGAGCUAAAAAUACAAAUCUUAUCAUUUUGUAUUA